AUGCUCUGCCUCAUUUCCAUCGCCUUCUUCAUGGCUCCCAAUCCAUUCGCUUGCUUCUCUCGGAAAAUUCUCUUCCCGGUUGCUGUGAUAACUAUAUUCGGCCCUAUCGCCGUAAAGAGCAUCUGUAUCUGGCAUGCUGAUCUUCUGACUGCACGAGGCGAGCAUCGUCAGGCAGCUAUUAGACACUCUGUGCUUACUUUCUGGAUUUGCGCCGCUAUCAUAAUGGUCCAAACUGUAAUCUCAUCGGAGUGGGCCAUGUUUGAAUCGGCUUUGGAUUUGAUCUAUGUCGUAUCAGAACGACAUGGAAAUGCCUGGAGAUGCACACCUGGUAAUGACAGUUGGCUAUUAAGGGAAGUACUUGGUUUUUCUCUUGUACUUACUCUUUUGGAGCAUCAUUUGGAAUUCAUCCUUCUUGUCGGUUCCGACGACAUUAGCUUUUCCCCCUAA